AUGGAUCAACCACCAAAGUCACUAGCGAGUGUUAAACACGUCAUCCUUGUGCUUUCCGGGAAAGGCGGUGUCGGCAAAUCAUCCGUCACUACACAAGCCGCUUUAACUUUGGUCAAUAAAGGGUACAAUGUCGGCGUGUUAGACAUCGAUCUCACUGGACCUCUGGCUCCCAGAAUGUUUGGCGUUGAAGAUAAGCAAGUGCUUCAACUGACUCAAGGAUGGGUCCCCGUUACCGUCCAUCCAGGUAAUGAUACAGUGAAUGGCACUAAGCGCGGUAAACUUGUGCUUAUGAGUCUUGGUUUCCUCUUAGGGGACCGUGGUAACUCAGUGGUGUGGAAAGGUCCGAAAAAGACAGCAAUGAUCCGCCAGUUCUUCGACGAUACCGUAUGGGGUAAUCUCGACUAUUUGCUUAUAGACACUCCUCCAGGGACGAGUGAUGAGCACAUUACCAUUGCCGAAAUUCUCCGUUAUGCUAACCCUGACGGUGCUAUCAUCGUCACCACACCGCAACAAGUAGCGGUUGCCGAUGUAAAGAAAGAGCUUAAUUUUUGUCAAAAGGUCAACUUUAACGUGUUGGGAAUUGUCGAGAACAUGAGUGGGUUUAUUUGUCCUCAUUGCGCUGAGUGUACCAAUAUCUUUAGUUCUGGUGGUGGCGAACGGUUAGCAGAGGAAACUGGUCUUCCUUACUUAGGUAAUGUUCCCAUUGACCCCAAAUUCACCGAACUUAUCGAGACUCAAUCCCCGCAAAACCGUCUAGUCGACCGCUACCCUCAAUGCGAGCUUGCCCCCUUAAUGAGCCAUAUUAUCGACGAGGUAAUUAGUCGCCAGGGACCCCUGAGACUUGAACAAACUACUCAAGCUACGCAAGCUACCGAAAACUAA